UAAAAAAAAAAGUUCAUCUCUUUGAAUCUCAGAGUCAGUCCAGUCAGCAAUGGCGAAGAACUUAAUGGCUGCUUCUCGUCCGUACAUUGUUACUCUUCUCGACUAGAGUCUAGAGGACAAGCCUUCAACUCCUGUUCCGUUUUAAGAUUAGACCCUUUACUUCUUCUUUGCUUCCUGUCGAAUUGUUUUUUUGCGAUUUGCUGUGAAUGGAGUGUUUGCGAUUUGCUGUGAAUGGAGUGUUUGGGAUUUCCGGGAUUGAACAUCGUCUUUUCAGUAUAUGAUUCUGUGUCUACUGAUCAGACCAUGGAGAAAAAGAUCAAUAAAAACAAAUGGGCGCAGAGUCCGUCUCUGUCAAGGAUAUGCUGGUGAAGGAGGACGAUGUCGAUGUGUUUGGUGCAUUAACGUGGUAUCAGCGGCGUUCAAGGGCAUAUCCUCUGUGAACAGGCAGAGGAUGGUGUAUAAAGCCAUCUGGGAGGAGCUUCAGAAUGUGGUUCAUGCCGUUUAUCAGAUGAUAACAACGCCUCCUUUAGAAGUUUGAUAAGCUCACAUAAGUGUGACUAAAGCUCUUGAAUCUUUAUUUGGUCCAAACUUCAAUCGUGCUCCCAAUUAUCCUGAAGUAAUUGAAGAAACUGACAGCAUCAAUCAGCCAGAAGAAGAUGUUUAUGCCUUCCUUGACUGUGUCUUCGGACAGAUUAUUUAAGAACCUCAAAAGAGAAGAAAGAAGUCACAGGGAUCUGUUAGAACCGAAAACCUCACGGUGAAAAUGAAGUUGUUUGAUGCUCAUUGUCACCUUCAAGACAAGAGGGUCAUCGACAAAGCCUCCCAGCUCAUAUCUGCGGCUUUAGCUGUUGGUGUUACCAAUUUCGCAGUCAAUGGAACCUCCGAGAAAGAUUGGGACUUGGUGAAAGAGAUGGGAGAGACGUAUCCUUCUGUUAUUCCUUGCUUUGGAAUUCAUCCUUGGUUUAUGGCUGAUAGAAGCCCUCAUUGGUUUAACACAUUGAAGAAGUUGUUUGAGACCACUCCUACUGCUGCUGUUGGAGAAAUUGGGUUGGACAAAGGUCCCUUAGCAGCAGGAAUUGAUUACUCAGACCAGCUAGUCGUGUUUCGCCCGCAGCUUGAACUUGCAAAAGAGCUGAACAGACCUGUAGCAGUUCAUUGCAUCGAUGCAUUCGACGAUCUCCUAGAGAUAAUGAGAGCCGUAGGGCCUUUUCCAGCUGGUGUGAUUCUUCAUUCAUUCAAUGGUUCAGCUGAUGUUGUGCCUAAACUCGCUGAGCUUGGUGCAUACUUCUCAUUUUCUGGCUGGUUCACUUACAUUGAUGAGAAAAUUGCAAAGGAGACUCUGAAAUCGAUUCCUUCGGAUAGGUUCUUAUUGGAGACGGAUUCACCUGACGGGUUACCAAAAUCAGAUGAGAGUACUUCGGAUCCAAAACCAACUCUCAAUGAGCCUGCAAAUAUUCUUGCUGUACUAGAUUAUGUUGCGAACCUGUCAAACAUGAAGAAGGAAGAACUGGCGGAGCUAAGUUAUGUAAACACUGUGAGAUUGUUCUCUUAUCCAGGUUCUAAACUGCUUACACAGCAGUAAAAAAUGUUGUCUAGCUCUCUACAGAAAUAUAACAUCAUCUCUGAUCAAAGAGACAAAAGAACAACACUGCUAUAUCAUCUUUUCCGCUGUUGUGUAUGUCAUAAUUAUUCUUACUUGAUGUGUUUGAAAAAAAUAAAAAAUAAUAAGAAUUCUCUACAAAAAUCGUCUGUCUCAUGAAUUUGUAGUUUCUGUUUCUUACUUGGGUAGAAGCUGUAAUCUUUCUCUCUUAUUAUUAUUGUCUUGUGUAAAAAAUACCA